AUGGCUUCCCAUAAACAAUUAUUAUUAUCCAACUUCCUCCCGGCAUUUAUUUUUAUUUUCGUCGUCGAAACGGUUCUCUCCGGCACAGUCGGAGUAAACUACGGCCGCCUCGCGGACAACCUCCCGCCGCCGCAGCAGGUGGUCCAGCUCCUCCAAUCCCAAGGCAUCGCGAGAGUAAAAAUCUUCGACACGGACGCCGCCGUACUCUCCGCCCUCGGCGGCUCGGGGAUCUCCGUCACCGUCGCGAUGCCGAACGAGCAGCUCUCGUCGGCGGCAGCCGACCAGUCGUUCACCGACACGUGGGUACAGUCCAACAUCCUACCCUACCACCCGAACACGAUCGUCGACGCGAUCGCCGUCGGAAACGAAGUGUUCGCCGAUCCCGCAAACACGGCAUUCCUCGUACCGGCGAUGAAAAAUGUAUACGCUUCGCUCGUCAAAUACGACGUCGCUUCGACGAUCAAAGUCUCGUCUCCCGUAGCGAUGGGGGCGCUUCAGUCAUCGUACCCUCCUUCGUCCGGUUCAUUUGAACCGGAUCUUGUUGAACCGGUUAUGAAACCGAUGCUGGAAUUUUUGCAGCAGACCGGAUCUUUUUUCAUGGCGAAUGUUUACCCUUUUUUCGCGUACAUUGGUAAUACGGACACGAUCUCGUUGGACUACGCGCUUCUACGCGAUAACGGCGGUAACGUUGACGGAAACAACGGCCUGGUUUAUAAGAGUUUAUUUGACGCCCAGCUUGACGCCGUUUACGCCGCGAUAACGGCGUUAGGGUUUCCUGAAAUGAAAGUUGUGGUUGGCGAAACCGGCUGGCCGUCGAUCGGCGACGAGGGGGAGGUCGGGGCGAGUGUGGAGAACGCGGCGGCGUACAACGGCAACCUUGUCCGGAGAGUUCUCACCGGCGGCGGAACUCCUCUCCGGCCAGAUGUGCCGAUCGACGUGUAUUUGUUUGCCCUAUUCAACGAGAACCAAAAGCCCGGCCCGACUUCGGAGAGGAACUACGGGCUUUUUUACCCGAACGAGGAGAAAGUUUACGACAUUCCGCUGACGGCGGCGGCGCUUGGUGUUGCGUCGUCUAAGAGGAAGGUGGCGGCGGCGCCGGCGCAUCGGCAUCGGCAUCACUCCGGCGAGACGUGGUGCGUGGCGAAUGAGAAGGCUGGAGCGGAGAAAUUGCAGGCGGCGCUGGAUUAUGCUUGUGGGGAGGGAGGGGCGGACUGCCGUCCGAUCCAGCCGGGUGCCACGUGUCACGAUCCGGACACGAUUGGGGCCCACGCUUCGUUUGCGUUCAAUAGCUACUACCAGAAAAAUGCGCGGCGGAGAGGGAGCUGUUAUUUCGGGGGUGCUGCUUACGUGGUCACUCAGCCACCUAAGUUCGGUACUUGCGAUUUUGCAACGAGGGUUUAACGGGCUUCGCUUGAACAAGAC